AUGGAUUUGGUUGCUGGUGUACGCAAAGAAGGCAGCCGCGGCGGCCGCAAUGAGUUCAAAUGGUCCGACGUCCAAAGUUCCGUUCAUCGCGAGAACUACCUAGGUCACUCAGUGAUGGCCCCAGUCGGCAGAUGGCAACAAAAGCGUGACCUUGCCUGGUAUGCCAAGGGAGACGAAGACGAGCAAGAACGAAUUCGCAAAGAGCGAGAGGAACUUCAACGUGUCAAGGAGGCUGAGGAGGAAGCAAUGGCCAUCGCUCUGGGCCUCCCGGUGCCCGCAAAAGCAUCUGAAAACGCCAAUAUGGUUCCCUUAGGGGGCCCCAGUAGUACCGAUAUCGCGCCAAAAGAAGAAGAGAUGCCGGAUGCUGCAAUCAGGGAGAAGGACCACCGCUCGAGUCACCGACGCAGACACAUAAUGAGGACCGAGAGCGCCAUCAUCGCAGCCAUCGUCACAGGUCACGAUCCCGCGGCCGAGACCACCACAGACGGCGCUCAGUCUCGCGUUCUAGGAGUCGACCUAGCCGCAAGGAUGAGGAACACCAGAAACGACGACGGAUGGAGCGCAGCUACUCGCCGGCUGAGCGCCGGCGGCACCCCGAACGCAGACGAGACCGAGAUGAUUAUGAUCGCCGCCGUUGAGCUACAAACCGGGGGUAUGAAUUGCUACAUUAGCUUGGCGUUGGAGGAAUUGAUUCAAAUGUCGGAUAAAUGA